AUGGAUCGAAAAUGGAUGUUUGCUAGUCGAGCGUCAAAAGAAUACGAAGAUGGGGUUCAAGAGUUUGUUAGGUUUGCUAUUGCUCAUGCCGAAGACACUAGUAAAAUCAUAUGCCCUUGCUUAAAAUGUUGUUAUACGGAUGUUAAUGCAAAUGUUUUGGAAGAUCACUUAAUAUGUAAUGGAAUUGAUAAAAGUUAUACAUGUUGGAUAAUGCACGGAGAAAAAAAAACCAAGUCAACAAAGAGGAGCAAUGGGAGAGAUAAAUCAAAUGAUUUUGAACAAGAUACAAAUUAUGAGUUUGAUCUAGUUGAAGAAUUUGUGAAUGUAAUUGAAGAAGAUAUUCGCGAUUGUCCUCAAAUGUUUGAGAGGCUAGUAAGUGAUGCAGAGACUCCAUUAUACGAAGGAUGUACUAAAUUUACAAGAUUGUCUGUGGUCUUAAAAUUGUAUAACUUAAAAGCACGCCAUGGAUGGUCUGAUAGGAGUUUCACAGACUUUUUGACUCUGUUAAAUGAGAUUUUGCCUAAGAAUAAUGUGCUCCCUAGUCGAACCUAUGAGGCUAAACGAUUGUUAUGUUCUAUUGGAAUGAGUUAUGAGAAGAUACAUGCUUGUCCGAAUGAUUGCAUGUUAUUUCGCAACGAGUAUGCAUCAUUAGAUAUGUGUCCUAAAUGUAGUGCCCCACGAUAUAAGAAGAAAGAAACAACUCCAGCCAAAACGCUAUGGUAUUUUCCGAUAAUACCAAGAUUUAGGCGCAUGUAUCGUAAUGCGGAAGAUGCAAAGAACUUAACAUGGUAUGCAAAAGAAAGGGUUGUUAAUGGAAUGCUCCGACAUCCUGCAGAUUCUCCUCAAAGGGCAAAAAUUGAUCAUGAUUACCCAAAUUUUGGGCAGGAAGAAAGAAACCUACGUCUCGCAUUGUCUACUGACGGAAUAAACCCUCAUGGUAUUCAGAGUAGUAAACUUACUUCUUGGCCGGUGAUUUUGUUGAUUUAUAACUUACCUCCAUGGCUAUGCAUGAAGCGCAAGUACAUGAUGUUGACUAUGUUAAUUUCUGGGCCCAAGCAACCAGGAAAUGAUAUAGACAUAUACUUGGCUCCAUUAAUUGAAGAUUUAAAGCAUAUGUGGGAGGCAGGUGUAGAGGUAUAUGAUGAGUAUAAAAAGGAAUCCUUUCAAUUGAGGGUUAUGUUAUUUGGAACAAUCAAUGAUUUUCCUGCAUAUGGGAAUCUAUCAGGCUACAGUGUCAAAGGAAAACUUGCAUGCCCCGUAUGUGAAGAUAAUACACAUUCAAUACGGUUGGAUCAUUGUAUGAAAAAUGUAUUUCUUGGACAUCGUAGAUUCUUAAAUACCAACCAUCGUUUUCGAAAAUGGGGAAAAGCAUUUAAUGGUGAAUCUGAAGAAAAAAGAGCUCCCGUGCCUUUGAUGGGUGAUCAAUUAUACCAAAAGGUAAAGCUUUUGAGCACUAAUUUUGGGAAGCCUUUUUCAAGUGAACUUGCCACGGGGGGAUGGAAAAAAAAGUCAAUUUUCUUUGAAUUGCCGUAUUGGAAGUCAUUGUAUGUUAGACAUUUCCUGGAUGUGAUGCAUAUUGAAAAAAAUGUUUUAGAAAGUGUCGUUUGUACAUUACUCAAUCUUCCAGGAAAGUCUAAGGAUGGCCUUAAGGCAAGGUUAGACCUGCAAAGUAUGGGAUUAAGAAAUGAAUUGGGGCCGGUUAAGAGGGAGGGUAAGCGUACAUUUCUACCUCCAGCAGCUCAUACUCUGUCAAGAAAAGAGAAAAAGAUCUUGUGUAAGGUUCUUCAUAAUGUUAAAGUUCCAGAGGGCUACUCAUCAAACAUUAAGAGUUUGGUAUCUUUGAAAGAUCUCAAAUUGAAGGGUUUAAAGUCUCCUGAUUGUCAUGUUUUAAUGGAGAACUUUCUUCCGGUAGCUAUAUGUUCCAUUUUACCAGAAAAUGUGCGAUGGACCAUAACUAAACUUUGUUUUUUCUUCAAAGCUAUUUGUAGCAAAGUUAUUGAGAUGUAUUUUCCACCUUCAUUUUUUGACAUAAUGGUUCAUCUCACCGUCCAUCUUAUCAUGGAAAUACAAUAUUGUGGACCAGCUUAUAUGAGGUGGAUGUACCCGAUUGAGCGUUACAUGAAGAUAAUAAAAGGGUACGUGAAGAAUCGAAGUUGA